AUGUCCGACCUCGAAAAGCGUCUGACGCAGAUUGCGCUCAAUCCCGCCUACCAUGACAUCUUCACCAUCAUCAAGGGGUUCCGCAAUGGUAUCGUGUACGGCGCCAAGAUUCGAUUCCCACAUGCGCUGGUCAUGACAUUCCUGUUCGGACGCGGAACACCACGCGAGAAGCUCACGUUCAUCUUGCGCGCUACCAAGCAGCACGCGCUCAACCUGGGCACGUUUACGCCGCUGUACAAGUUCCUCACCAUUGCCAUGCGUCGCGCGUAUGCAGCAAUGGGGGGCAAGGGGCCUGUCCCGAAGUGGCACAGCUUGGUAGCGGGUCUGAUUGGUGGAUACUACGUGUUUGGCGAGAGGACGCCGGUCAACGAACAGAUUGUGCUGUACACGUCGUCGAGAGUGAUCGCUUCCUUCCUGCCGAGGGCCGAUACGCCCAAGGACUGGCCAGCGGGCAAACCGAAACCGCCAAGCAGCUCGUGGUUCGCAGCAUACGCUACCCUCGCCUGGGGGAUGGUGAUGUACUUGCACGAGUACAGGCGCGAGACCAUCCAGUCGGGCAUGGUCAACAGCAUGGACUAUCUCUACCACAAUGCCGAAAAGUGGGACAGCUUGCGGAACCUCUUCUGGCACAACAAAUAG